GGAGGAAAGCAGCAAACUGCAGGAGACGCGCUCACAGGUAGUGGCAACUCAGGAGCUGGAAGUACUUCUACGACCAAAGAUGCACAACCUGCAGGAGAACGUGCGACGUCAAGUCGUGACCACAGUGCACAACAGACAAUGUCCUCCUCGUCUAAGGAACACCAGCACAAAAAAGGUGGAAGUCAAGAACAGCAGGAACAAGUCAAGGGAGGUUCUUCCUCAGCCGCUAGCUCUGCGAAGGAGCAUCAUAGUGGCAAGGACAAUCACAAGCAUCACGACAACAACUAUACCACUUCUAAGGCAAGCGGUAAAGGUGGAAAGCAGGCUGCAACGACAGAUCUGGCUCUCGGUGCCCUGAUCAAGGAUGCCCAGGAGGCUGGGAAAAAACAGCUGACUCUAGGCAAUGCGCCAGCCUAUAAUUACCGCAGUCAACAGCAUCAAAAUAGCUACAGUAACAAGUAUGGUGGUAAGGACCAUGGUACUUCUAAGGACCAUGCGCAUUCUAAAGAUGGAGCUGAUCAUCAUGGUGCUGCCACAAGUGGAGGAGGCGCACAUCAUCACCAUAGUACUUCAUCUACCUCUGCUGGGGGCGUAUCGUCCGCGAAGCAGACUGGAGUCUCUAAACAGACGAGCAGCACCUCCGCGGAUGCAGCUGUUGAGGUGGAUUCAAAG